AUGGGGGGCAAGCAGAGCACGGCGGGGCGGCCCCGGGGCGCUUUCCCCGGGGUCUCCACGGAUGACAGCGCGGUGCCACCCUCGGCCCACUUCGGCCACUACCGGCCGAGCGGCACGAUGGGCCUGCGGAGCCGCUCGGUGAGCUCCGUCGCCGGGAUGGGCAUCGACCAUAGCCCCGGCGUGCCCUUCGGCUUCUACACCCCCAGAGGGACGGACUCGGACCGGGCCGGAGGGGGGUCAGGGGGCACCACAGCCGCCCCCCACCACGGCACCGGGUACCAGGACUCUGGGGGAGGAGGGCACCACACGGACGGGGUUCUGUACCUAGGGUCCCGGGGGUCGCUGGCUGACACCUUGCCCCUGCACAUCGCACCCCGCUGGUUCAGCGCGCACAGCGGAUUCAAGUGUCCUGUCUGCUCCAAGUCUGUGGCGUCCAAUGAAAUGGAAGUUCACUUCAUCAUGUGUCUAAGCAAGCCCCGCCUCUCCUAUAACGAUGACGUGUUGGCGAGGGAUGCUGGUGAGUGUGUGAUCUGUCUAGAGGACCUGCAGCAAGGGGACACCAUAGCCAGACUGCCGUGCCUCUGCAUCUACCACAAAAGCUGUAUAGACUCGUGGUUUGAGAUCAAUCGGUCCUGCCCCGAACAUCCGUCUGACUGACUGACCAC